ACGGUUGUAACGUUAGCAACCACGCUGGGCGGACGGAGCGACAGUCAGGGACUGUUCUGUGUGUAAUGCGAAGGAUUGCUCUCACGGAAAUGUUUCUGAAUAUUGACUGAGCGUUUCCCCUGCACACAGAAUAUAAUUCCAUCUUCAGGGAAAGUGUUAGUUUGCUGCUACUGUCCAGACCUGUGGGUGAGCAAUGCCGCUGGUGUCCAGCUGUGACUGCCCCCACCUGGACUGUGUGGGGGAAAUAACCAAGGAGGAACUUAUUCAGAAAUCUCAUGGCCAGUGUCAAGACUGUAAAGUUGGAGGACCAAAUUUGUGGGCUUGUUUGGAGAGUGGUUGCGCAUAUGUAGGAUGUGGCGAAUCUCACACCGACCACAGUACCGUCCACUCACAGGAGACGCGGCACAACCUGACCGUGAAUCUGACCACACUUCGAGUGUGGUGCUACGCCUGCAGCAAGGAGGUUUUCCUGGACCGUAAAAUAAGUCCACACUCACCCCAAGUCAACAGCAAACCCAUCCACUCUCUACAGAGCACUGGUCAGGAAAACAGCAGGGCCCCUGGGAGCCCGACCUCUUUGCGAGUGUCCCCUAAUGGAGGCUGUGAAGACCUGGACAUGGAGACAGAGGAGGAGGAUGACCUGCGUGCCAGAGGACUCACAGGGCUGAAGAACAUAGGCAACACCUGCUACAUGAACGCUGCCCUCCAGGCCCUGUCCAACUGCCCACCGUUGACACAGUUCUUUCUUGAAUGUGGUGGCCUGGUGAGGACGGACAAGAAGCCUGCACUCUGCAAAAGCUACCAGAAACUUGUUUCAGACCUAUGGCACAAGAGCAGACCCUCCUAUGUCGUCCCAACCAACUUGUUCCAGGGGAUCAAAGCCGUAAACCCCAUGUUUAGGGGAUAUUCUCAGCAGGAUUCCCAGGAAUUUCUGCGCUGCUUGAUGGAUCAACUUCACGAGGAGCUGAAGGAGACACUGCCCGAGCCCUAUGACCAGUCCAGCAGCAUUGCAGUGGACAGCAGCCCAGAGGAGGACAACCACAGUCAGUCUGACAAUGACUUCCAGUCAUGCGAGUCCUGUGGCAGCAGCGAGAGGGCUGAUAACGAGGUGCAGGGUGGAAACGUCCACAUGGACGAUGCCAAUGAGGCCGAGAUGCUGAUUCCUGACCAAGAUGAGAUACAGGCCAACAGGGAGUGGCAGAAAGAGAAGAACAUGAUUAAUGAUCUUUAUCGUGCGGGUGUUCAUGGUGUGAUGGGUGGAAGCUCUGGUGGGGACGUGGACAAAGACGUUGACACCACCACUGAAAACAUACCUAUUAUCAGCAGCCAGGGAGCCAUCAAGGUUCAGGGCAGAACAACAGAUUCCUUCACGGACAUCCAGAUGUCCAACCCCACAAGACCACAGAGUCCAGUCCCAAUGGAGGGACACAUUCCCAAAAUGUCCAGCAGCCCACCCAAAGCCACCUCUGGCUGGCCGAGCCUAAACCCUGCACACAAAAAAGCAGUGACCACAUUCUCGCCACCAAAGAACAAGCGUCAGAAGAAAUACCGCAGUGUCAUCUCAGAUGUGUUCGAUGGGACCAUUGUCAGCUCAGUUCAGUGCCUCACCUGUGAUCGGGUGUCUGUGACCCUGGAGAACUUUCAGGAUAUCUCGUUGCCCAUCCCAGGGAAGGAAGACCUUGCCAAGCUCCACUCCUCCACCCACCAGACCUCCCUGGUAAAAGCAGGCUCAUGUGGGGAAGCUUAUGCACCACAAGGCUGGAUAGCUUUUGUCAUGGAAUACAUCAAAAGCUGGUUCUGGGGUCCAGUUGUUACACUACAAGAUUGCCUUGCAGCUUUCUUUGCCAGAGAUGAACUAAAGGGAGACAACAUGUACAGCUGUGAAAAAUGCAAAAAAUUACGAAACGGAGUCAAAUUUUGUAAAAUGCAAAGCUUGCCAGAGAUCCUGUGUAUCCACUUGAAGCGCUUCAGACAUGAGCUGAUGUUCUCCACUAAGAUAGGCACCCAUGUCUCCUUCCCGCUUGAGGGCCUGGAUCUGCAGCCUUUUCUGGCCAAAGACAGUUCUGCCCAGACCACCAACUAUGACCUGCUGUCAGUCAUCUGUCACCACGGCACUGCCAGCAGUGGCCACUACAUAGCCUACUGCAGGAAUGAUGUGAACAAUCUGUGGUAUGAAUAUGAUGACCAAAGUGUGACCGAGGUGUCUGAAUCCUGCGUCCAAAAUGCUGAAGCCUAUGUGCUCUUCUACAAAAAGAGCAACGAGGACGCAGUGAGAGAACGUAGGAGGGUGUCGGGUUUAUUCAGCAUGAUGGAGCCCAGCCUUCUGCAGUUCUACAUCUCCCGUCAGUGGUUUAACAAGUUCAAGACCUUUGCUGAGCCAGGGCCCAUCUCCAAUGAUGACUUCCUGUGUUUGCAUGGGGGAGUGCCUCCAAACAAAGCAGCUUUCAUCAAUGACCUGGUGAUAAUGCUACCGCAGAACGUGUGGGAUCACCUUUACAGCAGGUAUGGAGGGGGGCCGGCUGUCAACCACCUGUACGUUUGCCACACAUGCCAGGUUGAGAUAGAAAAACUGGAGAAAAGGCGCAAGUCUGAGCUGGACAUGUUUGUCAGGCUGAACAAGGCGUUCCAGGAGGAGGAGUCUCCAGUGGUCAUAUACUGCAUCAGCAUGCAGUGGUUCCGUGAGUGGGAGGGCUUUGUCAAAGGAAAAGACAACGAUCCGCCGGGACCCAUUGAUAAUUCCAAGAUUACAGUUAACAAGAAUGGGCAUUUAACACUCAAACAAGGAGCUGACUCGGGGCAGAUCUCUGAAGAAACAUGGAACUUUCUCUACUCCAUCUAUGGCGGCGGUCCAUUAGUGACAGUGCGGCCAAACGUCACCCACCAGGAACCAGAGUCAUCACAGUCAGAGGAGAAGAUUGAGGUGGAGACCCGCUCUGUUUAAACAAGCACUUGAGAAGAAGAGAAGACAUGGAAAAUCCUUUUUUAAAAUUAUUUUGCACUUGACUUUUAAUUCAUAAGCAUUCAAACAAAGGACCUCAUCAUUAUGGCUACAUGAAAGCCUUCAACAGCUGAUAAAUGGAAGUAAUGUUAAAAAAAAGAAGAAAAAAGUUUGUCAUUUUGUACAAAUAUGUAUAAAGAGCUCUUCUAUUUCUAUUAGCACUGUAAUAUUUAUGUGUCAGGUUAUUUUCAAAACCAAGCAUUUUAAGUAUGUGCAGCUAAAAAUUCCACUGAAUGCCAUAUUUCUUUUUUUCUUGACCAAAUGAGCACAUAUUGUUUGUCCAAGUGUCUUGUGUUGCUAAUAUCGUUGAAUCAAUACAUUUUUGCUGUAGCUAUAUCACACAUUUUUCCUGUUGUAAGAGAAUAUUGUGUCAUGAAAAUCAUAAGGUUAUGAAGGGACUAAAUACUGACUAGUCACAGGUAUGAAAUUUGUGUUUUUGCACUGUUAUGUAUACAUACAAAUUGGCAUGCUUACGCUAAUGUCUGGUUUGUAUUUGAAUGUACCAGUACUGAUGGUGACAGUAUGUUGGUCAAGAUUCAGCACUUGGUUAUUUAUCACAGAAGGGAGUGAUUUAAUAUGAUGUUCAUAGAUUUGUUCUUUUUGUAGAAAAUAAGUGGCAGGCAAAGUCUGUUAAGUAUGCAUGCUUUAACACUAAAUUCAAGUUUAACAUCACAUGUACUUGCAUGUAAAUGCAAAGCUGCUCAUAAAAUGUGUGCAACUCACUAUCUGGAUUUAUCCCCAUUGAAUUGUACAGGCAAGAAAAAAAACAUUAGCAUUACACAAUCAUCAUCAGCAGUAGCUAUGUAAUUAAUUAAAGGCAUUAUUUUUGUGUAUAUGGCCAUGGCAUUGCUUAAUGUGUUGGCUGAUAGGGUGUAAACAGUAUGCUGUAAGUUUUGGCAUAUGGACGACACAAGUUCUACCCUGAUUUCUGAUGGCUGACAAUAUUAAAGACUUAUGAAAAUGCGUUCAA